CCUGCGAUCUCGGCCCGCUCGUCCGCGAACUGGUUUCCCCUGCGAUCCGCCCCCGCCCGACGCGCGAUCUGCCGCAUUCCAUGCCCCGGCGAGAUAGGUUUCAGGGUGACGGAUUCCAGGGCCCUUGGAGAUCUGUCGGUCUGGGACGAAUUUGAGAAGAGCUGCUCUGCCCAGAAAUGUUCUUCUUCUCCGGAGCUGACCGUUUGGCUUUUGAUCUUCCGGGAGCUUGCAAUGUUCACUGAAGAGGGUUCACUGUGACCCUUUUGGAGCCCCUUUAGAGGAGCCCACCCAGGGACGCCAGUUCUCGGGUUUUUUCUCUGAGAUUCAGGUGGUUUUAGAGUCUUUUUGCCCUCUGCAAAGCUCUGAGCCAAAUGCAAGAAAGAGACGGAGUCUUCAGGUUCUGAUUUUUCAAGGUUGCACGCUUCGUUUAUUGUUUCUUAUCUUACAAUUUUCUCAGUGCCCAACAAAGGUCUGUGCAGCUGCUCGGGCAUCUGGUGACUCCUCCCGGACUGGGCUGUCUCUGUCUUUUAUACUAAUUGCUACGUAUUCUUUAUUUAUCAUUAUUUGCCAAUACCUAUCACUUAUACUAAACAGGUCAUCCCUACUUUGACCCAAUCUCUUUAAACUACUUUGUGCCACCGUCACUGCAGAAAAUGGAGUGAGGGAAGAAGAAAGAAGAAGCAGGAGACAACGCCCCAAAUCCUCCAUCUUGCCCCCAUUCACUUCAAUACUAAAACCCCAAAUCUACAGUUUCCUCACCCUGUGAUAAGCUAAACUACUGUCUUUCACACUCUUGUGGCUUGCAAUCCUUCCCGCAGUGCAGGAAGCCUUUCCCAUGGACUGAGAUCAAAGCCAAUGUCCCUCUGGGCUCCUGGCCAGGGUCCCAGACCCCCAUGUCCAGGUCUCUGACCCUCCAGGGCAGCCAAAGCAAUGCCCUGGACUCCAACAAUUUCCUAUUUAUCUAUUUUGAUAGACAUACAUACAGACAUCAUCCCCUUAGUCUAUGGAAGAUCUCCGUCAAAGGUUCAUAAAAUAUCCACACAAAAAAAUUUUCUUCAAUUCAUUUAGUCCAUGAUGGCCUUCAUCCUUGGUAACAGUUUCUCAAGUAAGAAAGAUGGUGUGAGGUGUGGGAUUGUUGCAUGUUGCACAUUUGAGUCAGCUCUGAUUCCAGUACUGCUGCACUUGUUCAGUUUUAUCAAAGUUUAUUCUUCAUUGGUGAAUGUGACAGUCAGAGGGAAGUCAGGCUCCGAUCCCCAGAAUGCUUGUGGUUAAGACUGAUGCCGUGAUGUGCUCAGUGAGGCAAUGCACAUGUAGCCACCAUACAAGUGGUAAUACACAGUGUUGGAUAGUUAUUAACAUCAUACAAUUUAAUUAAUUGGCUAUUUUCACCCAAAAUCAAAUCCAUUUGAGGCUGUCCUGGUUUAGGGACAAAUUUGGGAGAAAACCCCUGAAUAGGAUCCCUCUGGGAAGCAAACCCAAGUGGCCCCUCCCUCCAAGCGGUCCGGUAAAAAACUUCUUUGGAGAAAAGUGGAAAAAACUAUUUUACUAAACAAAUAAAGUGCAUACAAGUAUAAAGAAUUAAUAAUAUGAAACAAUAAAGCCUCUCGUUCUGGAGUGAGAUGGCAAAUUGAGAAAGUUCUUGCCGUGGGUGUAGCUCGGCUCUCUCUCAGUCUUUUAUCAGUCCCAGUCCCUCUGGCGCUGCUGGAAAAUGCCGAGGUCCAGGCCCUGGUGGGCCGCAGGUGCAAGCCCUCAGUGCUCCCCUGGGUUUUUAGUCCAGAGCAGGUUUAAACAGUUCCAAGAAAAAGGGAAAAAAACCAGUCCAGGGAACUUCUCUGCCUUAGCUAGCUGAAACUAACUAAAAGCAAAAAAAUCUCUGUCCUGCAGUCUCUCCAAGCCUCCGCCGAACACCCCGUCCAGAGAAGAAUGUGGAGGAGUGUGAUCGCGACACUUAAAGCAACCACACGGAGAUGAGAGAUUUGCAGGGCAGAGAUGUUCCUCAGAGAGAGCCCAAGGCCAAACCAAGCCCGAGAGCCUCUCUGCCUGUUUAUUUCUUACUUUUUAUACAUUUGUGGGUCUGGCUGUGGAUUGGCUUCUUGGAGUUAUCACCUCCCAGCCGAAAGGCCAGACCAACUGUCAGUCACAAUUGUUUUCAGGUUAGAAAUAUGCAAACAAAGGACAGGGAAUGAAAAACAAAGGAUUUGUUUAUGUUACAUGUGUGAGAAAAGGCAAAAACUGCUUCUAAUAUUGUACAGAAGCUAAAAAUCUGACUCCAUCUUAUGAAAAAUCAAAAGGCUUUAAAAAACUCAGAAAAACCAGGGUGACAGAGGAGUCAGGCAGUUUUCUCAAAACAGACUCUGCACUUCUCCUUGCUCUUAGAACCAGUCUUAAAGGCACAGAACUCAAUAUACAGCACAAACAGGGCAGACAAUUGGGGAUACAAGCAUCAUAAAGUCACCCUAGGACAUUCCACCCCUUAUCCCCAUAUUGUCAAUUUACCAAAACUAAUAUAUAUACUCUUGUGACCGGGAUACGCAAAGCAAUCACAUGGAGAUGAGAAAUUUUUGCAGGGCAGAGGGUUCCUCCGAGCGAGCUCAAGGCUGAGCCAAGCCCAGAGCCCCUCUGCCUGUUUAUUUCUUACUUUUUAUACAUUUGUGGGUCUGGCUGUGGAUUGGCUUCUGGAGUUUUCACCCCUCAGCCAAAUGGCCAAACCAGCUGUCAGUUACAAUUGUUUUCAGGUUAGAAAUAUGCAAACAAAAGACAGAGAAUGAAAAACAAAGGAUUUGUUUAUGUUACAUGUGUGAGAAAAAGGUAGAAACUGCUCCUAAUAUUGUACAGUAGCUAAAAAGACUGACUUCAUCUUAUGAACAAUCAAAAGGCUUUAAAAAACUCAGAAAAACCAGGGUGACAUCUCACCCUUUUAACUUUACAAAAAAAGAAAAACAGAAAAAAAAAAUGAACACAUUUACAAAGGGAAUAUAUACGAAUUCAAUCACUGUCUGUGGAGGAAUCAUCAGAGUGAUCACUCGAGGAUUCAUCCACUUGGUGACUUUCAAGAUGAUCACGGCUUCCACCUUGCCUGUCAGCUGAAUUCUGCCUCUGUGGUAGCAGGUCAGGACGGACACACUUUGAAGGUAGCCAGCGUGUCCCAGUGUCCGUGGACACACACUCAUACCCACGCCCCGUAGCGAUUAGGUCAUAGGGUCCUUCCCAUUGCUUGGUGACUAAAUUUCGGACCCGUACCUUCGCUCGAGGCUGUUGCUCACCGUCCGAAGCCUGCAACGAGAGAUGAUGGUUCAAAAUGACAGGAUUAUUUGAGUUCUGCGGCACCGUAAGGUGAUUGAUGGUGUACAAAGCCUUUGCCAACUGACUGUGUGGGGUUUCACCCUGCAUUCCCCGUUUUUGUUUUUGAAGAACACGCUUGAGUGUACCGUGAGCGCGUUCUACAAUCACCUGCCCCGUCGGAGAAUGAGGGAUGCCAAAGUUAUGUGACACACCCCAUGACUGUAGGAAUUGCCGUACCUGCUGCGAGGCAUAAGCAGGACCAUUGUCGGUUUUCACAGCAGAAGGUAUGCCAAGAACAGCAAAGGCCUGCCUCCAGUGGGCAAUGACAUCAUGGGCUUUCUCUCCAGUGUGAACAGAAGCCCACAUCGCAGAGGAGAACGUGUAUCGUGACAUGCACAUACUUGAGCCAGCCAAACUUGGCGACCUGGAUGACAUCAGUCUGCCAAAGCUCCAAGGCUUUAAGGCCUCUGGGGUCAACCCCUGCCGGCAAUGGCGCACCAAGGGCGUGACAGUCGUUGCACGACUCGACAAUCUCACGAGCCUCAGUGGCCGUCAGUUGGAACUGCUUCUGCAGCGUAUGCGCAUUUUGGUGGAAAAACCCAUGCGAUGCCUUGGUCUGCGCGAGCACGUCAGGCUGAGGAGCUACCCACGCUGGGUUAGCCAACUUGUCAGCCCUCGCGUUACCUUCCGCUACAAACCCUGGCAAGUUAGUGUGACUCCAUACAUGCAGAACGUAGUAUGGAUGAACUCUGGCCUGAAUUGCACACCAUAGGGCCUUCAGUAAAUUAAACAAGGUAGGGUUACUGACCUCCUUCAAAACUGAACAACCCAAUCGCUGUGCGAUGUCGGCAACAUAGGCUGAAUCCGUGAUCAAAUUGAAAGGUUCCUGGGAAAAUUUCUCAAAUGCCAUGACAGCAGCUCUUAGUUCAACCAGUUGGGCUGACCCAUCCUCAUGGCUUUCCAAAACCUGCCACUCAGAUCCAUCCUGCCAGGUAACAAUGGCUUUUCCUGUUUUGCCUGAACCAUCAGUGAAGACGGUGGGUCCUUGCACUGGCUCUUGGCUAUUUUUGGGUCGUAGAGAAAAUUGAGUAUUUUUGGCCACUUGCAAUAGCUUGUGGUUAGGCAGAUGAUAAGUGAUCUGCCCUGAAAAACCCUCGAGAGCACUUUGCCGCGAAACAUUGUUUGCAUAGCUCCAAUCAAAUUCCUCCCUCUGAACCGGGAGUAUGAUCUUUGAGGGAUCUGCACCCAUCAAUUGCAAACAGCGUUGCCGGCACUUGAUUAUCAAGCGCGCAAUCAAUUCAAACAGCGCCGUCGCCGUCUUAUGCGGUUGAUGAGGCAGGAAGAUGUGGUGGUGUGAGAGUUGUUUUAUUAAGUUAUUAAGUUAUUUUUGUAAGAUUUUUAAGUUACUUUUGUAAUGGUUUAGCUCACUGUAUACCCCUGUGUUCUGUAUUGGUUUUCCCCUUAUGAGUUAGGUUGUUUAACUAGACGUUUUCUGUCAGUCAUUCCUUCCCUGCACCUGUCGCUGUCAAUCCCCCCCUCUCUCCUCGUGGUCGCCCUGUCUGUCACUCGGAGACCCUUCCCUGGCUUCUGGAAAACUCCAGGAGGGGCGUCGAGUGAUAGGCUGGGGCCCUGGAGACCCCCUCCCAUCAUUUUGUGGUUGGUCCCCAGUUCUAUGGUUCACACCCCCGGUUAACCCCCAAAUUCCUGUGACUGGCUGACCGGUUGUCGCCACCCCCGUUUCCACCCCCCCUUAAAAACUGCCGCACGCCUGCUCUCGGAGUCUCUCCUGGGCAGCAGGUUGCAGCGUGCAGAGCCCUGCGCUCCCUCUGUCUCAAUAAACCUACGUUACAUCCUGCUCGGGAGAGUCCGCCUUUCAUUCAGCUGCCACGGUUGCUUCUUUCAUCUUCGUGCCCGUCGCUGGUGGUGGGAUCCAAGUCCCCACAGGGAGGAGGCGGCUCGCUCUGCCUGCCGCUCCGACCUUACCACGUUGCCGCAGUGAGACACACUGAGCUAGCCUGUGGCUGCGCUGGUCAGCGCGACCUGGACACUGCGACAGCGGUCUGGCGCCCAUCGCGGGGCAACCCCCCGGCCACGAGGCGGACCCCGCGGCACGGAUUUAGGCUGUGUCGGACAGCCGAAGAAAUCCUUGGACGCCCCGCUACCCCUGGUUGCAGCGGCUCUUAGAGAUCACGCUCCCGGGGGAGAAGAGGACAGCCCGGAGCACCCACCGGGUCCUCUUCAGGCAGCUGAUCCCACAACCCCAGGUUUCGUCUCGUUCCAGGAGGGGGUAAGUUGCUCUUCGUGAGGGCACUUACUUUUUGGGAAGGGUGCUUCGGGAAGAAGACCCUAUUUCGGAAAGGGAUUCCCCAGGAGUGAGGGGAAUCUUAGGCUGCGUGCGGCUCGGGAGAGUGGCGGUUUUUUACCCAUUCCCCUGCGGAAACCCACUUUGGAACUCUCUUUAGUUUCUCUUUCAUUUUUUAAAUUUUAAGUUAAAGGCAGUAGUCGGGUCGGGCGGCGAUCCCGAGAGUUUUAGGAUACUGCAUUUUAAUUUCAUCACGGCUCCCCGGGACUGGUUUUGGGAAGGGUUGGUGUACCCUGUUUAAUUACCUGGUUUUAGGAGGUUUAUUCUGCUUUUGUCUUUUGUUAAAUUUUGAUUUUGCCUGGGUGUUAGUGGGUGAGCGGCAGAAACGGAAUUGUUGGAGAGAUGGGUGGUAAGCUCUCAGCCGUUCAGAAAGGACUGUAUUAUAGUUUUAAUUCUGUUGCUGAACUUGCCCAGUUAAAAAUUUCAAAGGGCGAGCUCAAAAGGUUCGUCAGGUGGGUGUUCCUGCACUUCCCGCAGACGUCCCCGGAGCAAAUUUACAGCUCCAAAUUUUGGCAGGCUGUGAUUAAUAAAAUUAAUAAUUUGGCUCUCUCAGGGGACAAACAAGCCUCCAAAUUUCUUAAUUUGGCUUCGCAGCUUUCAGCUGCUGUUACGAAAAGAAAUAGGAAAGUGCAGAAACAGCCGGACCCGAGACAACCUGCUCCCUGUUCUUGUUCCCCUGCCCUUUCUCCUCGUCCCCAGAAGGGAGUCCUUAAGGGAGCAGCAGGAGUUCUGCCUGCUGUCUCAGGCCCCCUUAGGAAUCCCCGAUCCCCCCGCCCGGGCAGUCCUAGCCAGACUGCUCAGGGCUUCUUGGGCAGCCCUGGCCGGGCUGCUCGAGAAUUCCACCCUUCCCCAUUUUCCCCAGUUAACAGACCCCGAGUUCGAUUUAGUUUAGCUGAGGAUUCCACACCACAAAAUGGUGUCCCCAGCCCUUAUCCCCAAGAUGGAGGAGACCGCAUGGCACAGUUCUCCCCAUCCCCCUAUCCUCCUUCCUUCAAUCCCUUUCUUCCCGCCCUUGAUCAGCCCAACCCCUUCCUUUCCUCAACCCCACCCCUUCCGAAAAAGACUCUGCCCAUGUCUCCUCCCUCUUCAAGAACUCCACCCUCAGCUCCUCCCAGCUACUCCUCCCACGGGAACGCCCACAUGACAUCAUCGUGUUCCCAAACCACGCCCCCAGUCAGAAGACCUGCCUCCUGGGCUUCUGGUUCCCACGCUCCCCCUUCUGGUUCCCAUGCUCCCCCUUCCGGUUCCCACGAUCUGGGCCUGGAGGGGGAGGGGCCAGGGCCUGAGCCUGCAGAGAUGCAUCAGCCUUCCCCUGUUCCCUCAGUGUCCCCGGUUGUCUACAAGGGCUCCCGAGGAGGGCACAAUGUUCGAGCAGUCCACCACCCAUUUUCUCAGGCCACCAUCGGAGACCUCUGCAAGGCACAUAGGGAUUAUGGGUGGGACAGCCCCUAUUUUAGGGGCCUGCUCCGCUCUGAUCUCGAAGCCGCUGUUGUCAUCCCAGCUGACCUUAGGCAGCUGUUCUCCUGCCUCCUGGACUCCACUGAGCUCAAGUUAUGGGAGGCAGCAUGGAGACAGCUGCUUAGGGAGGCCUUGAGGCCUUGCCGAGUCUCCUUACCAAUCCAGAGACUGCAAUUGAUGAAAAUGGGAAUGCCCUCACCCUGGAACACCUCAUGGGUGAGGGAAGGUGGACGGAUCCGACAGACCAGGAGUCGGGCAUCCCAAUCAAAGCCCUCAUGGUAAUAAGGGAGCAUGCGGUGUGGGAGAUUAGGGACAGGCGGUCGGAAGAUAUCGCGCUGUACGGGCAGACAGAACCCCUCCCUCAACUCUUAGCUGGUUAGUGUCCUUGAUAAGAUAAGCAAUACCUAACCUGUAACGUAAGCAGACGGAUGUGAUGUAGCAAACAGAGGUUUUAUAACUCCAUGUAACCAGUUAAUAAACGCCAUUAGCCGUCCACCACACUGGUGUCUGUGAGCUGAUGGACCGAGCAGCCUGGGUGUGGCUGCCGUGUCGUUCCUGAACCAGGUCGCUACGCCUCAGCGGAGGUAGCAAGUGGUGCCGAAACCCGGGACAUCGCCCGGGAGAACGGGAGUCGCCUGGACGGGUGAACGACGGCCGAGCGGCUGGUCCAGCUCGGCGGGAGGGACGCCUCCGGACCCACGCAGAGGAUGGAAGCUCUCGUGAAGGUCGUUUCUCAGAUUCAUAAGCAGUGGGGAAUUGAUUGUAAAGCAAAAGAUUUUACCCUCGCAGUGACGAGGCUUUUGCAACUUAGUAUUAUUGAUAGACCGGUGGAUAUCCUCCACCCAGAUGUUUGGGAUCAAUGUACUAAAGCUCUUGCCGAAGACACAAUGUCUUCCAGCUCAGGGAAAAAUCUUAAAGCAUGGGGAAGGGUCGUAAAAUCUUUACAGAAGGCGUUGCAGGAACAGGACACCUGGAGAGCUGCGCGAAAUUGUUUAAAAGUUUCCCCCCAAUUAGGUAUCGCAGCAGCAACGCAAACUUUCUCAGAGGGAACUGUUGUUGAGAAUUUUCAGAAUGUAAAAGAAUGUACUCUAAAUGUUAGUAAUAAUGCUCAGAGUGUUGAUGAAGUCGGUUUGGCUGAAUGUAUGGGCUCGGGCUCAGAAGGUCAAGAGCUUGCUUCGAGGCCCCCGGGCUCAAGGCCGCUCACUGAAGAGAUAAAACAGAUGCAGUCAUUUUACAACGGUCUAGCUGAAGAAGCUAGGAAUGCUGAAAAAGCGGGGGAGGGACCUCCACCUUAUGCGCCUCAAGAUAGCGCUGAAAACAAAGAGAGCUCGUUUGCUAACGCGGGGGCGCGCGAGCAGAAAAAGGGAGGAGAGCGCAAAGAGAGAGCAGAAGCUAAUCUUUGCCAAAAAGCGCGUUUUUCUAAGGCAAGAAGCUCCCACAGUAGGAGGCGGGGGGAGCGCAGGUGCAGGAGGCCCAGGGGGAAGGAGUGGCCCAGCCCCGAGGGAAAGGGGCGGGGGCCCAGAGGGAACGGACGGCCCAGCCCUGAGGGAAAGGGGCCGGGUCGGAGCCCGACCAAAAGGCUCCAGAGCCCGGAAGCAGCCAGUCAGUCGACUUCCGGCUCUGACUCGGACUUCAGCUGGGACUGGGACAGCCGGUCCUCUGCAGCCGGCUCUGACUCCGGCUCUGACAAAGAAGAAGUAACAGUAUAUGAAAUCAGUAACAACAAUGUUUCUACUUGAGUUGAGGGGAAGUCAGAAAAAGAGCGAACUCCCCUCACAGACUGGAAGAAGAUAAAAAUGGCAUGCUUUAAAUGCAGCCAGGCAUUUAAAUUGGGCAAACGUGCAAAUUAUCAGACUCCCACCUUCAGUGCCCCAGUCAUUCAAACCCUAUCAGAUUCUCACAGCAUGCAGACACAGGAGAGAGGCCACAUCUGGCACCUCCUCCUCAUUCAGUCCUUUAGCUAUCUACCAAAAACCUAAGUCAGAUCCUUACAAUCUGUUUCUUAGUGUGUUAAAUGCUACCUUUUUGUCAUUGAACCAAUCCAAUCCGAACUUUACAAAAUCAUGCUGGUUAUGUUAUAAUGCAGAACCUCCUUUUUAUGAGGGUGUCGCCCUUGAUGCUCCUUUUGAAUACUCGGCAGCAAACAAUCCACACAACUGUAAGUGGGACACCCCCCGGAGAGAAAUUACCCUGAGUCAAGUCACAGGCCGAGGCAAAUGCUUUGGCAGUGUAACCGUAGCAAAGCAGAUGGGAAAUAUCUGUACUGAGUUCAUCCAACCUAGUCAAAAGACUGACAAGUGGGCAGUUCCGUUCCUAUCAGGAAUGUGGGUCUGUCAACAAAUUGGAAUAACUCCCUGUGUGUACCUUAGCAUAUUCAAUAACCUUGCUGACUUUUGUGUCCAAGUUCUGAUUGUUCCUAGAGUCCUGUAUCACCAAGAAGAAGAAAUGUAUCGCUUUUUAGAAGAAACCAUCCUGCUCCGCAAAAGAGAAGUAAUGACAGGUAUAACCAUUGCAAUGCUCCUUGGCCUAGGAGCCACUGGCACAGCCACAGGUGUUUCAGCUCUCGUGACCCAACAUCAAAGACUUUCUCAGCUGCAAAUGACAAUUGACGAAGACUUACUGAGAAUUGAAAAAUCCAUCUCCUCUCUGGAAAGAUCUAUCUCCUCGCUUUCGGAAGUCGUCUUGCAGAACAGGCGAGGACUGGACCUCUUGCUCAUGCAGCAAGGAGGCCUGUGUGCCGCCUUGAGAGAAGAAUGCUGUUUUUAUGCAGACCACACCGGAGUCGUGCGAGACUCCAUGGCCGAACUGAGAGGAAGACUGGCCCAGAGAAAGAGAGAGAGAGAGGCCCGACAAGGAUGGUUCGAGUCAUGGUUCAAUCAGUCCCCAUGGCUAGCCACCCUUGUUCCCACAUUAAUAGGCCCUCUCACCAUGAUACUCCUGACAUUGAUUUUUGGGCCUUGCAUUUUGAACAAGUUAGUGUCGUUUGUUAGAAGCCGUUUAGAGAAAGUCGACAUCCUAUUUGUCGAACGCAUGCAAUUAUCGUGAAGUGUGUUUGUUACUAACAUUUUAUAUUAUUUUUGUAUCCUAUUAUACUAACUUUAACAGCUUUUGUAUUUUUAUAACAUUUAUACUUUUAUAACAUUUAUACUUUUAUACUUUUAUACUUUUUUAUUUAGUCAUGAGGGGGGGGGGAAAUGUGGGAGAUUAGGGACAGGCGGUCGGAAGAUAUCGCGCUGUACGGGCAGACAGAACCCCUCCCUCAACUCUUAGCUGGUUAGUGUCCUUGAUAAGAUAAGCAAUACCUAACCUGUAACGUAAGCAGACGGAUGUGAUGUA